CUCUGAAAAAGACCAUCUGGCAACUUUUAGAUAGGUCAGUUCCCAAUUCUCGGCUCUCAGUGAUAUGUGAACCUUUGUGUAAGGAGGAUGUGUGCUGCCUCCUGCAUGUCGGUGGCCCUUCAGGGUGCCACCAGGCCCUCCAGAUAUGGAGUUCGUGGCCUGUGUGUGUACAGCCUGGAGGUGGCUGCACUGAGGCGGUCAUGGCACAGUGCCAGCAGUGUGGUGCUGUGCCAGUCUGUCACCAGUGUGUGUGGUGGAGGCAAAGCCUGUGGCUGGAUUACAAGAGGGCCGGGCCAGCACCAUGGCCACUGCUACACUGCAUCCCCAGCCCUGCGAGUGUCAUACACCACCGUCUAUGUCCCCGCCUACCGAAGCUUCCACACCUCGGUCAGGCUGUGGGAGAAGGAGUUCUCCCCACAGGCGGCCUCCAGCACCACCUCACAGAAGAUGGUCCCGCCACCUGAAAGUGAAAGGAACUCAAAUGUUAAAGUCAAAGAGAAGGAAACCCUCAAACCUUCCUCACAGGUGGAAGUUACUGUGAAGGACCUCAAAGAAAAGGCCAAAGCUGCUGGCUCUCCAAUAGUUCAGGACAAAAAGUUAGUGAGACCAAGAAAAACACUAGGUGAGAGAAUAAAAGAUGAAAUAUUACAUUACUACCAUGGAUUCAGGUUACUCUUCAUUGACACCAAGAUCUGCUGCAAGUAUGUGUGGCGCAUCGUCAACGGCGAAAACCUCUCCAGGAGGGAACACCGCCAGUUGGUGAGGACGACAAGUGAUCUCUUCCGCCUGGUGCCAUUCUCAGUGUUUGUGAUUGUGCCCUUCAUGGAGUUCCUGCUGCCCGUGGCCCUCAAGCUCUUCCCAGGAAUGCUGCCCUCUACCUUUGAGACUGCCAAUGAAAAGGAAGCAAAAAUGAAGAAGAAAUUAAAGAUGAAGCUGGAGAUGGCAAAAUUCCUGCAGCAGACGUUGGACAGCAUGGCAGUGGAGGCAAAAGGUCGCAGCUCAGAGAGAGCCAAGGAGUUUGUUUCCUUCUUUGAAAAGAUCACUAAAUCUGGAGAACAAGUCAGCAAUGAGGAAAUUUUGAAGUUCAGCAAGUUGUUUGAAGAUGAAAUUACGCUAGACUCCAUGACAAGACCACAAUUGGUUGCUCUUUGCCGACUACUGGAGAUGCAACCCUUUGGUACCAAUAAUUUCCUGAGGUUUCAACUAAGACUCAAGUUGAGAUCGUUAGCAGCUGAUGAUAAGAUCAUUGAAAGAGAAGGACUGGAUUCCUUAGCAGUAUGGGAACUUCAGCAAGCCUGUCGUGCCAGGGGCAUGAGAGCUUAUGGUCUGUCAGAAGAGCGACUCCGCCUGCAGCUAACUCAGUGGCUGGAGUUGAGUUUGCAAGAAAAGGUGCCUCCAUCAUUGCUCUUGCUGUCUCGCACGCUUUACCUCCCAGAAACCGUGAGAGCCUCCGACACCUUGGCUGCCACAAUCUCUUCUCUUCCAGAAGAGGUCGCGACACGGACGAAGGCUGCCAUUGGUAAGCGUGAGGGCAAGAUCGACAACUUGACUCGGCUGGAAGUCAUUCAAGCUGAAGAAAGGAAAAUUGCAGAGGACAAAGAGGAACUGAAAAUAUUGGAAGAGGAGAAGAAACAGAAACUUGCCAUAAAGAAGGCAGCAGAGGAAGCACUUAAAGCUACAGAAGAGACACCACCAGAGGUAAUUCCAUCUGAGGUGGAGAUGGCCCAACUCUCUCUUUCUACCAACAAAAUCUUAACGGAAGGUGUUCAGGUCACUAAAGCCACAGUGUCUGCUUCAGGGGAGAUCCAGCAGGAAGCGAAGGCUGAAGAGCUGAUUGACAAAGCUCCCACGCUCAAGGAUAAAGCUGAGGUUCUUUCUGAAGAGAUGCCAAAGCCUUCCCCAGAACCUGCAGUCUCCACAGAACAGGCAAUGCUUACCAGUGAGGACCUGAGAGAUGUAGAAGAAGCCAUUGAGAAUUUGGGUGUAGAGAAAAGGAAGCUGAUCAUUGAAGAACAGGAGAUGGCCGAGCUGAAGAGCGAGUUGGCAGACUACCAGGAGGACAUUGAGGACUUCAGAAAGGCCCUUACACAAGCUAAAAUAGACAAGAAGCAACUCCGUGUGAGUAAAGCUGCCGGUCGACUGUUUGUGCGAGUGAACAAGAUGAUCAACAGGAUGGAGCCUCUGCUGGAUCGUCUCGGCAAGGAAAAGGCAUACCGGCAGAAGAUUGUGGAUGCAGGUGAAGCGAAGGACAAAACCAAGGCAGAACUUGUCAGCCUGCAGGACUUGUCGCAGCAUCUGAACUACAUCUGCCAUGCGUCUGACACCUCAAAAGUUGCCCUCAUCCAUGAUGUGUUGGCCAAGAUGGACUUUGACAAGGAUGGUGCAGUGGAAGUGGAACACGUAUUACAUGUUUUGAACCUUAUGAUAGACGAGCAAGUCGGUGUGACGCCAAAACUGUUUGAGGAAGUUGUUGAGAUGUUGGCAAAGGAGGACCAGUUGGAGUCUGCCCAGGUGAUCCAGCAUGCUCUCAACACCACCAUAACUGAUGCUCAGAACAAACACUCCCAGGCAGAUACAACCUUUGAUAUUCCUGAGAGCAGUUCAAGUAACAAGACUCCACGUGCCACAAGUGAACAGUGCGACAAAAAUGCAUCAGUGGAAGGAAGUGAAAACACAGAGACAGAAAAGCAAGCAAAGCGCAGUCAAUGAUAUAAGGAUAUGGACUGAUUACUAUAGAGCUUGUAAAAUAUAUCAUCCUGGUGUUUUAGAAUAUAGGAAUGAGAUAUAUAUGUAUAUAAAUAUAUGUUGUUAUUAUGCUCCUGUAGAAAUUAUUUUUGAGAACAUUUACGUUUGUUACAAGUGUUGAAUGAUUUGUAAAAAGGAAAAAAACCUUGUGGAACUCUUAUACUAUAUAGAUAGUUAAGUGAAAUUAUACAGUAACAAGAUCACAUUAAGUAUUUUGUUGUACUCUGAUGGUCAGUAACUGAAUAUACAAAGUAAUGCAUUUGGCAAUUUAUAGUUAUUACAACGGAAUGACAAACUAUGUGAUGCAACUGUAUACUGAAACUUUCUUUCUUAUGGCUAACUCCAUUGUUAGUUUUACUUUGACACAAGAUCUAUUAAUUUAUUUUUCAAUAGGGAACAAUGCUAGCUAGAAGUAACAUACAUGAGGCUCUACAGACAAGUGGUAUAAGACUAUAGGAGACGAUCCUGUUCACAAGUAGCAGCUUUGACUCUUUCUUACCUCACAUGUUGACAAAGAUUCUCACUCUUCCAAGGCUUCACUGGAAAGAGAAAGACAAGUUUUAAAUUUACGAUGUAACAAGUGUGAGUAUUGCUUAUGCCACCUUCCAGUAGGUCUAAAUGCUAUAUACUCCACCACAGCAAGUCUGGCACAGUAAUGCUGCCACCUGAGGACACAAACACUGUCAUCACAUAUACUGUUGGUGGGCAAUGUUCUCACCCAGUGAUUGGCCAAGUACAUAUUCACAUUUUUCUUUUCAAAUAUGUGGCAACUCAUUAUAUACUAUUCCAUCCAAAACCAUUCAGUUAUCUAUUAUGUGCAUAACAAUGUGUUCAAGUAUAAUCUGAUGUCUUUUCAGUAAAACAAGUAAAAUGUAAGGACAGUUUGCCACACAUUCAAAUGUUGCUCAAUCAACAUGAGUGUAUUACCCAGCAGCAGUGUUACCCUGUUUACCUUCAGGUGGUGUAAUUAAUGUGCAACUUGAGGCUUGGUGUGAUGAGUAUAGAAUGUUUGGUAAACUACACCAGUUUACCACAAAUCACCACAGCCAAAAGGUUCAGGUUUAGAAGUGCAUUUGCUGCAUAAAGUGAUCCUAUUCCUAACCACACCACAUUGUCACAUGCAUUAUGUGAGGGAAAAACUUUCAUUUCCAUUAAAAAUUUUCUCAAGACAUUAAAUUUAAAAAUAUAUCAACUACUACUUAA